GCGUCAAUGUGUUGAGAAGUUUGGCGGGCCACACCGAGUCUUUGCUGCUAGUACAGAUCCAAACGCCAGAGACGCGGCAUAAUUGAAUAUCUCUGCGCAGAAUUUCAACAGCACCACACUCACGAUUAUGAUGAAUCCACGAUCUGUUGGGGUUAUAGUGCGCCUCCCACAUAGGUUGCAGUUGCAGCGGUGUGCGAAUGCAUUGAACAGUCACAGCCAUAACAGGCACAACAGCUGUUUGGCGUACAAACAACGGCGACAGCCGAUCAGCAACUUCGCCGUAACGACAAAGUUUUCGCCGUCAGUGCUUGCGGCAACCGGUGCGAUCAGACACAGUUCAGACUCACGCGUGAAAAUGGCUGACCAGAAAAUGCUGCAGAAAUCUUUGGAGGAGAGCGAUCCCGAGCUCGCCGAUAUCAUCAAGAAGGAGAAGCAGCGUCAGAUUGAGGGGCUCGAGAUGAUUGCCAGCGAGAACUUUACCUCAUUGGCGGUGCUGGAGAGCUUGGGCUCGUGUCUGACCAACAAAUACUCCGAAGGCUAUCCAGGCAAACGUUACUAUGGUGGCAACGAGUACAUCGAUCAGAUUGAACGCCUGGCCCAGAACCGUGGCCUGGAACUCUUCAAUCUGGACAAGAGCGAAUGGGGCGUCAAUGUGCAGCCCUACUCCGGUUCCCCCGCCAAUCUGGCCGCUUACACCGGCGUCCUGCGUCCCCACGAUCGUAUUAUGGGCUUGGAUCUGCCCGAUGGCGGCCAUUUGACGCACGGCUUCUUCACGCCCACCAAGAAGAUCUCGGCCACAUCGAUAUUCUUCGAGAGCAUGCCCUACAAGGUGGAUCCCGUGACCGGCAUCAUUGACUACGACAAGCUGGCCGAGGCAGCCAAGACUUUCCGCCCUCAGAUCAUCAUUGCCGGCAUCUCGUGCUAUUCCCGUCUGCUGGAUUAUGCUCGAUUCCGUCAGAUCUGCAACGAUGUUGGCGCCUAUCUGAUGGCCGACAUGGCCCAUGUGGCCGGUCUGGUGGCUGCUGAGCAGAUACCCUCACCGUUUGAGUAUGCCGACAUUGUGACAACGACCACACACAAAACGCUGCGUGGUCCACGCGCCGGUGUCAUCUUCUUCCGCAAAGGUGUGCGCUCCACACGCGCCAAUGGCGAGCAGGUGCUCUACGAUCUGGAGGAGCGCAUCAAUCAGGCCGUCUUCCCAUCGCUACAGGGUGGACCCCAUAACAAUGCCAUUGCGGGCAUUGCCACCACCUUCAAACAGGCCAAGUCACCUGAAUUCAAGUCCUAUCAGGCGCAGGUGAUCAAGAACGCGAAGACUCUGUGUCAGGGUCUUAUUGAUUUGGGCUACAAGGUGGCCACCGGUGGCACCGAUGUCCACUUGGUGCUGGUCGAUGUCCGCAGCGUGGGACUGACGGGCGCCAAGGCCGAACUCAUACUCGAGGAGGUGGGCAUUGCCUGUAACAAGAACACGGUGCCCGGCGACAAGUCCGCCAUGAAUCCAUCGGGCAUUCGUCUGGGCACCCCGGCGUUGACCACGCGCGGUCUCGUCGAGUCUGACAUUGAGCAGGUGGUCAAGUUCAUCGAUUCAGCCCUGAGCAUUGCCAAGGAGGCAGCUGGUGCCGCCUGCGGACCCAAGUUAGCCGAUUUCGUGCAGACGCUCAAGGAGAACGAGGAGAUCAAGCAGAAGGUUGAGGAUCUGCACAAAUGUGUCAUCCAGUUCAGCAGCCAGUUCUCGUUGCCCGGCCAGAAGAUCCUGUAAAACUUCCGCCCUCUGAAGACCCCUUUUUAUUAUUAUUACUCGAAAUUUGUUUCCAAAUUCUCAGUAGAUUUGCGAGUUUCCUUCAAGUACGCGUAACAAAAAUUCCACGAGCGAUGAUCGCAAAUCAUCUAAAUUCAUUUAUGUACACACACACACCCAAACUCUAUUAUUUAGUUAUUAUUAAAUGAAAGUUGCUGCUUCAACUUUUCACAUAAAAUAUA